AAUUCUGGCUCUGGGCAGUGUUUUCUGAUUAAAUCUUCCUCCUGGGAAUUGUGAAGAGUAUCAACGGAGUGGAGAGAAAUGUCUAGGCAGGGUAGUCGUCUGGAUUCGAAGAAAGUGAGCUCAGAGCUCCUCACGCUAACUUAUGGCGCUCUUGUUUCGCAAAUGUUGCGAGAUUUUGAGAAUGUUGAUGAUGUGAAUAAGCAACUGGAGCGUGUUGGCUACAACAUGGGGAUGCGGCUCAUUGAGGAUUACCUGUCGCGUACCAACUCCCUUCGUUGUCACGACAUGAAGGAUACUGCUGAUAAAAUUCAACAAGCCUUCCGAAUGUACCUCAACACUCAACCAACCAUCUCCAAUUGGGCCACAACUGGAGAUGAAUUCUCCCUGAUCUUUGAGACAAAUCCUCUGGCUGAAUUUGUGGAGCUACCCCCAGAUGCGGGGAAUCUGCGCUACAGCGGAAUCCUCUGUGGAUGCAUUCGUGGUGCAUUGGAGAUGGUACAGCUGGAGGUGCAGAGUUGGUUUGUUCAGGAUCACCUAAAGGGGGAUGCCAACACUGAGAUUCGCGUUAAAUUCAUUCGUAGACUCGAAGACGCAAUUCCAGCGGGGGAGGACUAAAAGUGUGUGAGACAUCGCUGCAAAAUAUGGGGCAUCCUGGUGUGGCAAAUGCGUCAAACCAGGCAAAAAAGCGCAAAUUCCACAAGAUCAUUCACAUGCAGAAAUGUAAGAAAAUUAAAUUAAAACCAUACAAAAUAAA